AACCCAACUUCAAAUGUAAAUUCGUAAUUAUGCCCAAUCCUAAGGGCUAUUCUUGUCACAUUCUCAACCCACUGUGAAAAGUCCUACAUGUCUAGUCUAAAUCUCACAUCCCAAAGUUGACUGAAAAAAUCUAUUAAAAAAUAUUUGUCAUUAAACAUUAAGAAAAAGUUGAAAAACAAAACAAAAAAACUCAGACCUCUCUCUGACCAGCCCUCCUGUCAAUAGAGUCUCUUUCUCAUUCACAGACUUUCUGGCAGGGCAUUUUUCUCUCUGGCCACUUUUCGUCAACUUUUCCGGCGACAUUGCGUUCAAAUCUACAAUGGGUUUCUAACCAUACUCUUUUUCUGGUUUGGAGGCCAAAACCAGCAUUUCUAGGUAUUGCCCAUGGUGGUAUUCAAUCCCGGUGUCUUGAAUUAUUGGGCCUUUGAUUGUCUUUGCGGGUACCAAACUCUCAACGUCACUUUCUUCAACUUCAAUUGUUUCUACAUUUACAUAUAUAUAAAUACAUUGCUUGAUUUUGGAUUUUCAACUGCUUUUACCUAAUAAUCAUGGAAAUGUGGUUAUAUGUACUGAUUGCCAUUACGAUUUAAGUCUUCAGUGUCUUCUUUUUUCUUGCUACUAGAAUUUCUGAGCAUCUUUAGAAUUUCUUGAUCUUGAAAGUUUGCAAACUUAGUCCCCUGUUUUAACCUAAUUAUUGUUGAAAUGGGAUUCAAUACCUUUAGCAUGGUUUGGUGAUUUGCAGAACUUAGAAGUGGUUGUCACUCUUAUGUCUUCUUUUCUGCAUCGCUAAGCAGUUUCAGAAAUGCUUGGACAAGAGAGAAUGCUCUUUGAUUUACCUUUCCUACUCUGUAUCUCCAUAGCCAUUUUGCUUUUUCCAGUAGUCAUUUCACAAAUUCCAUUGGGUUCAACAAUUUCUGUAAUGAAAAACGAUGAUUGGGUUUCUUCCAAUGGUGAUUUUGCAAUUGGGUUCUUCUACCAUUCAGAUCAGUAUGUUGUUGGGAUCCGCUUCAAUUCGAAAACUAUUCCAAUUGAUAAACAAACAGUGGUUUGGGUUGCUGGAGCUGACAUUUCAGUUGGUAACAAGUCUUAUUUCCAGCUGACCCAAAAUGGAGAACUGGUUUUGUUUGAUUCCAUGAAGGGGGUUAUAGCUUGGAGAAGCGAAACUAGCAACUCAUCUGUUGCUUCGGCGGUUCUGCUUGACAAUGGGAAUCUUGUCCUGCUGAACAGAAAGAAUGAUAUUGUUUGGCAAAGCUUUGAUAAUCCAUCAGACACACUACUCCCAGGCCAGAAUUUCACUGCUUCUCGAAUGCUUCGAGCUGCUAGCAGGAAUUCUAUGUCGAGUUACUACAGUCUUGAGAUGGCCGUGUCAGGUCAAUUGCAACUCAGGUGGGAAAGCAAUGUUGUUUAUUGGACUAGUCAAAGCCCUUUUCAAUCAAAUCUCCGAGCUAUAUUCAACUCUGAGGGGAUCCUUCAGAUUCUUGACCAAAGAUCCAAAUCUGUUUGGUCUGUGUUCGGAGAUGAUCACAAUGAUUCAAAUGUGAAUUUCCGAUUUCUUAGGCUAGAUGUUGAUGGUAAUCUUCGGCUAUACUCAUGGCUAGAAGCUUCAAGGUCAUGGAGAUCGGUUUGGGAAGCUGUUGGGAACCAGUGCAACAUCUUUGCUACGUGUGGCCUCUGUGGCAUUUGUGUUUUCAAUUCAUCAGGAUCCCCUGUUUGCAGAUGCCCCUUCACACCUACAGGUGAGUCCAAAUUGCAAUGUUUGGUUCCAUACCGACAGGAGUGCAAAUCUGGUUCUUCCAUGAUUACAUAUGAGCACACUUUCCUGUAUGGAAUUUACCCACCAAAUGAAACGACCUCACAUCAUAGUUUACAGCAAUGUAAAAGCUUGUGCCAAGAAGACCCACUUUGUACUGCUGUGACCUUUAGAACUGAUGGGACUGCACAAUGCCAAAUGAUGGCAACACAAUACAUCAGUGGUCACUCAGACCCUUCUUUAAGUUCAAUAUCAUUUGUUAAGAGAUGCUCAGAUCCGAUUGCGGUUUUACCUAUUUCCCCCAGGCCUCCAUCAUCGUCUGCUAAUGAUACUACCCAAAAUCAGUCGAACGACUUUUGCGUUCCUUGUCUUGUUGGAGUGGCCUCAGGUACAUUUGUUGCAUUUCUUGUAAUUCAGUUUGGAAUUGGCUUCUGCAUCUACAAGAGAAGACACUAUAUCAGGAAGAAAGCUGCUUUAGCUUACACAGGUCCUACCUCAAAUUGUUUGAUCAUUUUAUCCUAUCCCGAAAUCAAGGACCUCACUGGAAAUUUCAAGCACCAGGUCGGACCAAAGAUGUUUAAAGGCAUGCUUCCAGAUAACCGCCCAGUUGCAGUCAAAGAACUGAAAACUUCUAUUGAGGAAAGGAAGUUCCGAAGUAUAGUUUCAAAGAUAGGAAGUAUUUAUCACAAAAGCCUUGUGAAGCUGGAGGGUUACUGUUGUGAGUCCGGUCACAGAUUUUUGAUUUAUGAAUUUGCCAAUAGUGGCUCACUGGGAAAUUGUAUAGAAGAUCCUAAGAUGUGCAAGAGACUGACUUGGGGAAAGAGGAUGGAGAUGUGCAUAACCGUGGCGAGGGCCAUUUCUUACUUGCACACAGAAUGUAGGGAGUUUGUAAGCCACGGAAAUCUGAAAUGUGAGAAUGUGGUUUUGGAUGAAAACUUAGAAGCAAAGGUGAGCGAAUUUGGGCUAGGGCUCGUUUGUGGUGAGGCAUCCUACACUGGUGGAGCAGCCGAGAUGGAUGUAGGAGAUUUCGGCAAGAUGGUGUUAGUGUUGGUAAGUGGGUGCCGAGAAGCCAAUGAUGUUUGCCAGUUGGCUUAUGAGAAGUGGGCAGGAGGUCAGGCUGAGACGUUUGUAGAUGAAAGAAUACGUGGGGUGAAUUUGGAUGAAUUGGAGCGUCUAUUGAGAAUUGCUUUUUGGUGUUUGCAAGCUGACAAUCGAAUGAGGCCUUCAAUGGGGGAGGUGAUAAAGGUGUUGGAGGGAACUUUGACUGUUGAUCCUCCACCACCUCCUUUCGUUUCCCGCAGUCCUCCAGAGGAAGAAUCAGACACAGAAAUGUAGAACUCAAGCAAAACAUUAGGAUUAAUUUCAUUUAUUUGAUUCUAUCUUCCUUUC